ACGAAGAGGGCAAAGUGAACGCUGGCUAUCAAAUGUGGCUCAAAGUCAACAGUUUCUGCGCGGAGUUUAUUGUAAGACGACUGAAAUGGUUGGUCUUGGUAUUGGUUUCGGCUGGUCUGCUAGGUAUUUUGUAUUCAAGCUUGGCACAUGAACCGAAUGACAAAUUGUCUGAGCUUUUGGACAGAAUACAACAACUUGAGUUGAGAAUUAAUUUCAUAAUGAAGAACCAGAAAAUUCCGGAGACCAUUCAACACCAGGAUUUCAGAUCAAAGACGUAUACGCCUGUAAAGUUUCUAAGUGAGCAGAACAGAAAGCGAAUUUUGGUAACAGGUGGUGCUGGAUUUGUCGGCUCUCAUCUUGUCGAUCACUUGAUGAAACUUGGUCACGAGGUUGUAGUAGUCGAUAACUUUUUCACCGGUCGCAAGCGUAACGUUGAACACUGGGUUGGUCAUCCAAACUUUGAACUCAUCAAUCAUGAUGUCGUGGAGCCUCUCAUGAUCGAAGUUGAUCAGAUCUAUCAUUUGGCGUGUCCAGCGUCACCGCCUCACUAUAUGUACAAUCCAGUCAAAACCAUUAAAACGAGUACAAUUGGAACACUGAAUAUGUUAGGUUUGGCCAAACGUGUUCGGGCAAGGCUGUUGUUGGCGUCAACGUCAGAAGUGUAUGGAGAUCCGAAGGAACAUCCACAGAAAGAGACAUAUUGGGGCAAUGUGAACCCAAUAGGUCCACGGGCUUGUUACGAUGAGGGAAAGAGGGUAGCCGAGACUAUGUGCUAUGGUUAUGCAAAACAGGAUGGUGUUCAAGUUAGAGUUGCUCGGAUAUUCAACACGUUUGGACCAAGAAUGCACAUGGCCGAUGGUCGUGUUGUCAGUAAUUUCAUACUGCAGGCACUUCGAGGCCAUCCACUGACGAUAUACGGCGAAGGGUUACAGACACGAUCGUUUCAGUAUGUCAGUGAUCUUGUCACCGGUUUGAUCAAACUCAUGAACAGCGACAUAUCGGAUCCUGUCAAUCUGGGUAAUCCCGAUGAAUACUCAAUCUUGGACUUUGCCACCUUGAUACGGAGCAAAGUUGCGGCAGUCACUAAGAAAACACAGCCUCCCAUUGAGAAAAAGCCAGCCAUGCAGGAUGAUCCUCAGCGUCGAAAACCAGACAUCACACUAGCAAGACAGAAAUUGCAGUGGGAGCCUGUGGUACCAGUCGAAGAAGGAAUUGAAAGGACGAUAGAGUAUUUUCAGAAGGAGCUAGAGUCUGAGGCCAAGACGGCUUCCGAACUAUAAAUUCGUCAUCUUUUGCAUGUGUGGGGACACCGUGACAGUUUACUUACAACAUUGCGUUGCAGUGAUGAUCUCGAGCAAUGAUCAUAUUGCUACACUACGUUAUCAGUAGAUAAAUAAUAUUAGACAGAUUUCGGUAUCUUUCUAAAUCAAUUGUAUUAUUGAUUUCUGUGUUAAUUAUUUUCUUCACAAUUGAUAAUCAGCUUGACAA